AUGCCCACCGAGGCGGAAUACUUCACAUCAUUGCAAAUCUUGCUUGCCCCUGAUUAUGGUUACACAGGGACAUGCUACCUUGCCUUGAAGGAACGAUACAACCAAGAACGUGUAUUCGUUGAGCUCGGUUUGGGCGGCUACGAAGAUGACAAAGGCUACGAAGCAGGUCGAAUGCUAGUCGACAGGAUCUUCAAUCAAUGUCAAAAUCAAAACUGGCUUGUUAAGGGUUCGGAUCGUAAUCGUUUUCUCUAUGAUAAGUCGCUUGAUAUCAUGAACGCUCCCCGAACCCAUCUCUCUGGCUACACUUUGAACCAAUUAUACGGGGUCCAUGUGUAUGAACUUGAGCUGAACGUCUCGAUUGACGACUAUGUUGUCACCCCCUUUUCAAUACUCUGCGCUAAGUUGAUCGACGACGUUCGAAGCAAGCAUAAUGUCGGCCUUAUCUUCUUCUGUGGCCUACAUAUAGAAAAAGACGGGCCCCUUAGGGGAAGCACUAUAAUUCGGGCCCUCCUGCACCAGAUAUUCCAGAAAAACUUGAACUACUUCUCCGCGGACGAUAUCAAGUACAUGUAUACCGACUUUAAGGCAAUGCUGGAAAUACCGGAAAUUGGAUCCCUCGCAUUAUGUGAGAUGUUCUUGAGGGUAGUUCAACUGGCAGAACCCCGGCUGAACGAGCGCGACAAAAAGAUGAUCUGCACUAUUGACGGUCUCGGUACCCGCAACAGCGAUACGUACUCUGAAGAUGUGAUGCAGGUUGUGCUGGCCUUGGCUAAAAUCAACGAAAUCGCGCCCUUCUUUAAAUUGAUCUGUACAGGUCCUGCCGUUCCGAAAGUUUUCACUGAGAAAUCUUCCUCUCAACCUUUUGACAAACUUUUUUAUUGGUACGAUUUCCCUCUGAAAGAAUCUUUGUAG